AUGAGCGUGCCCAUGUUGAAAAUCGGCGCGGUGCUCAGCACCAUGGCCAUGGUCACCAACUGGAUGUCCCAGACGCUGCCCUCCCUCGUGGGACUCAACGAGACCACCGCUGUGGUCGGAUCUCCCCCCGGCACCUCCGAACGCAUCAUCAGCGCUCUUUACCCGGGUCCCGAUGAAGGCUGGCAGGUCUACACCUCCACGGCGGACUCGGAGGGCAAGUGCGUGUGCACGGUGGUGGCACCCGCCCAGACACCCUGCAGCAGGGACCCACGCAACCGGCAGCUGAGACACCUCACGGAACGGGUCCAGAACGUGACCCAGUCUAUGGAGCUGCUGGACCUGCGGACCACCAGAGACCUGCAGCACGUGCGGGACUCAGAGCCGCUGCUGAGGGGGGUGGAGGGACGCGUCCGCACCGCACACGCCAACCCACGCAGCCUCAGUGCCAAGGGCUUCCAGCUAAAGCGCAGCGUGUCCCAGCUCCUGCCCCUGCUCCCCGUGCUGCAGCAGUUCCGAGGGGACGCGGCGCUCCUGCUGGAGCUGAAGGAGGAGGUGCGGAACCUGAGCGCCGCCCUGGAGGCCAUCCAGGAGGAGCUGGGCGCCUACGACUACGAGGAGCUGCAGCACCGCGUCAUAUCGCUGCAGACCAGGCUGCAGUCAUGCAUGAACAAGCUGGGCUGUGGGCGAUUAACUGGAAUCAGUAAUCCAAUGACAGUCCGCGCGUCUGGCUCCCGAUUCGGCUCGUGGAUGAUGGACGCCAUUAUACCUAGUUCAGACAACCGGGUGUGGUCUAUGGAUGGCUACUUCAAAGGUCGGCGUGUGCUUGAGUACCGCACCAUGGGGGACUUCAUCAAGGGCCAGAACUUCGUAGUGCACGUGCUCCCCUACCCCUGGGCAGGUACGGGUCACGUGGUCUAUAACGGUUCCCUCUACUACAACAAGCACCAGAGCAACGUGCUGGUCCAGUACCACUUCCGACAGCGCCGCGUCCUCUUACAGCGGAGCCUGGCCGAGGCCGGCUACAACAACACCUUCCCGUACUCGUGGGGCGGCUGGUCCGACAUCGACCUCAUGGCGGACGAGACGGGCCUGUGGGCGGCCCAUUCGAGUUUGGCACGCGGAGGCAGCCUGGCCCUCAGUCGCCUCAACCCUGGAACUCUGGAGGUGGUGCGUUCGUGGGACACGGGCUUCCCGAAGCGAAGUGCCGGCGAGGCAUUCCUGAUCUGCGGCACGCUGUACGUGACAAACUCGCACCUGGCGGGUGCCAAGGUGCACUUCGCCUACCACACAUCCACGGCCAGCUACGAGUACGCAGACGUGGCGUUCCACAACCAGUACGCGCACCUCAGCAUGUUGGACUACAACCCUCGCGAACGUGCCCUCUACGCUUGGAACAACGGACACCAGGUGCUAUACAACGUCACCCUGUUCCAUGUGGUGCACGGAGGAGGGGGAGGUGGUGGAGCCUUCUCACCCUCCUCUUCUUGGCUACAGCAACACCUCCAAGCUGUUCAAUGUGAUGGCGUUGGGAUGUAG